AUGAAGUCCACAUACGAUGAGACACUCACAGACGUCAACAUGUCGGAGGCCCAGACCCGUAAGAACUCCGUCGACAAUACCUGGUCUAUGAAGCCCGAAGUUGUCGCCAUCCAAGAGCGUGACAGUGCUUCUGGUGCUCCCCGUCGAGAACUAGGUGUCACCUUCCAGAACCUUACCGUCGAGGCUGUCCGAGCCGAUGCAGCUAUCCACGAAAAUGUUCUUUCUCAGUUCAACAUCCCAAAACUGAUCAAAGAAUCUCGACAGAAGCCGCCUAUGAGAAAGAUUCUCGACAACGCCCACGGAUGUGUCAAGCCUGGAGAGAUGCUCCUCGUUCUGGGCCGUCCCGGAAGUGGAUGCACAACUUUACUCAACAUGCUGGCCAAUAGACGGAGUGGAUACGCCCAGAUUUCAGGAGAUGUCUCCUUUGGCUCCAUGAAGGCUGAGGAGGCUAAACGCUACAGAGGCCAGAUUAUCAUGAACACAGAGGAGGAAAUCUUCUUCCCAUCCCUGACUGUUGGGCAGACUAUGGACUUUGCGACGAGAUUAAAGGUUCCUUACAAGUUGCCCAACGGCAUCACAAGCCAGGAGGAAAUCCGCCAAGAAUCACGCAGCUUUUUGCUGAAGUCUAUGGGUAUUGAGCAUACCGUAGAUACCAAGGUCGGUAAUGCAUUCGUCAGAGGUGUUUCCGGUGGAGAGAGGAAGCGAGUUUCCAUCAUCGAAUGUCUUGCAUCUAGGGGUAGUGUUUUCUGCUGGGAUAACUCAACUCGUGGUCUCGACGCUAGCACUGCUCUUGAGUGGGCCAAGGCGGUUCGAGCGAUGACGGAUGUUCUCGGUUUGGCCUCCAUUGUCACCUUAUACCAGGCUGGAAACGGCAUCUAUAACCUCUUCGAUAAGGUUCUCGUUCUCGACGAGGGCAAGGAGAUCUACUACGGUCCCAUGCGCGAGGCUCGCCCAUUCAUGGAGAGCAUGGGUUUCAUCUGUGACGACGGUGCCAACGUUGCCGAUUUCUUGACUGGUGUUACCGUGCCCACUGAGAGGAAGAUCCGAGACGAGAUGAAAUUCAAGUUCCCCCGAACAGCUGGCGCCAUUCGCGAUGAAUACGAGAAGACACCAUUGUUCGAGCAAGCGCGAGCUGAAUACGAUUAUCCCACCACAUCGGAGGCCCAGGACAAGACAAAACUGUUCCAGGAAGGAGUCGCCAUGGAAAAGUACAAGGGACUGCCAGCCUCGAGCUCAUUUACUGUGAGCUUUGGAGUCCAGGUACAGACUUGCAUCAAGAGACAGUAUCAGAUCAUCUGGGGUGACAAGGCCACCUUUUUCAUCAAGCAGUUUUCGACCAUUGUGCAAGCACUUAUCGCCGGUUCUCUCUUCUAUAACGCUCCCGACACUACUGCUGGCUUGUUUGUCAAGUCUGGUGCCUGCUUCUUUGCUUUGCUCUUCAACGCUUUGCUGUCCAUGUCUGAGGUUACCGAAUCCUUCAUGGGUCGGCCCGUUCUGAUUAAGCACAAGUCGUUUGCCUAUUUCCACCCCGCAGCCUUUUGCCUUGCCCAGAUCGCGGCCGAUAUCCCUGUCAUCUUGGUGCAAGUCUCGGGAUUCUCUCUGAUUCUGUACUUCAUGGUUGGUUUGACCAUGUCUGCGGGCCACUUCUUCACCUUUUGGAUCAUUGUUGUGGCCACCACUUUUUGUAUGACCGCCAUGUUCAGAGCCAUCGGUGCCGCCUUCAGCACCUUUGAUGGUGCCUCCAAGCUGUCUGGUUUGAUCAUUGCCGCUACAAUCAUGUACAAUGGCUACAUGAUUCAGAAGCCGCGAAUGCACCCAUGGUUUGUCUGGCUCUUCUGGAUUGACCCGAUGGCCUAUGGCUUCGAUGCCAUUCUCUCCAACGAAUUCCAUGGCAAGAUUAUUCCUUGUGUCGGUACCAACAUUGUUCCCAAUGGCCCCGGCUUCACCGACCCCGGUGCUCAAGCUUGCGCUGGCGUUGGAGGUGCAGUUCCGGGCCAGACUUAUGUUGAUGGUGACUUGUAUCUCAAAUCACUCUCUUACAGCCACUCUCACAUUUGGCGAAACUUUGGCAUCAUUUGGGCAUGGUGGGCUCUGUUUGUGACCAUCACAAUCGUCUUCACGACCAAGUGGAAGGCUUCAUCGGAGAAUGGACCUAGUUUGGUUAUCCCCCGAGAGCAAUCCAAGGUUGUCAAUGCUCUGCGUCAAGCGGACGUCGAAGGCCAGGUUACUGAAAGUGGUCAUAUCUCAGAAAAGGAUGAUACCAAUGUCAGCGUCUUUACCUGGAAGGAUCUGUGCUACACUGUCAAGACCCCAACUGGUGACCGUCUCCUCUUGGACCAUGUACAAGGAUGGGUAAAGCCUGGAAACCUGACCGCUUUGAUGGGAUCGUCUGGUGCUGGAAAGACCACGCUCCUUGACGUUCUUGCCCAGCGAAAGACUGAAGGCACUAUCCGAGGCUCUAUCUUGCUUGAUGUGCAUGAGGCGUAUGCUACAGUACGAGAGGCUCUUGAAUUCUCAGCGCUUCUUCGACAGAGCCGUGACACACCACGUGAGGAAAAACUGGCCUAUGUCAACACUAUUAUCGAUCUAUUGGAAUUGCACGAUAUUGCCGACACCUUGAUUGGUGAAGUCGGUGCCGGCUUGAGUGUUGAGCAGCGUAAGCGUGUCACAAUCGGCGUCGAGCUUGUCUCCAAGCCCAGCAUUUUGAUCUUCCUUGAUGAGCCUACCUCUGGUCUAGAUGGUCAAUCCGCCUACCACACUGUCCGCUUCUUGCGAAAGCUCGCUGCUGUUGGCCAAGCUGUUCUUGUCACGAUCCACCAGCCUUCUGCUCAACUGUUUGCUCAAUUCGACACCCUUUUGUUGCUGGCCAAGGGCGGCAAGACUGUCUAUUUCGGAGAGAUUGGAGAUCAGGCAAGCGUCGUCAGGGAAUACUUUGCUCGUUACGAUGCUCCAUGCCCGACCGAGGUGAACCCUGCUGAGCACAUGAUUGACGUCGUCUCCGGAACCCUUUCGCAGGGCAAGGAUUGGAACGAGGUAUGGCUUUCUUCGCCUGAGUACUCCAACAUGACCAAGGAACUCGAUCAAAUCAUCAGCGAGGCUGCAGCCAAACCCCCCGGCACUGUGGACGAUGGCCAUGAGUUUGCCACCUCUUUGUGGGAGCAGACCAAGCUUGUCACUCAUCGCAUGAACGUCAGCUUGUUCCGCAAUGCGGAUUAUGUCAACAACAAGUUUGCGCUACACAUCUUUUCGGCUCUCUUCAACGGUUUCAGUUUCUGGAUGAUUAAGGACUCUGUCGGUGAUUUGCAGCUGAAGCUGUUUACAAUCUUCAACUUCAUCUUCGUCGCCCCCGGUGUCCUUGCCCAGCUGCAGCCCCUCUUCAUCCACCGCCGUGACAUUUUCGAAACCCGCGAGAAGAAGUCCAAGAUGUAUUCGUGGAUCGCCUUUGUGACGGCUCUUAUCGUCUCCGAAAUCCCAUACCUCAUCAUCUGCGCUGUCCUCUACUUUGUGUGCUGGUACUACACUGUUGGUUUCCCCGCAGAUUCUCAGCGAGCUGGAGCCACCUUCUUCGUCAUGCUCAUGUACGAGUUCCUCUACACCGGUAUGGGUCAGUUCAUUGCCGCAUAUGCGCCGAAUGAGGUCUUUGCCGUCUUGGCGAACCCCGUUGUCAUUGGAACCCUCGUGUCAUUCUGUGGUGUAUUGGUUCCUUAUGCACAAAUCCAAGAGUUCUGGCGAUACUGGAUUUACUGGCUCAAUCCCUUCAACUACCUCAUGGGUAGUAUGUUGGUCUUUGAUCUCUGGGGCCAGGAUAUCAAGUGCUCCACUCACGAGUUUGCCACCUUCAAUCCUCCCAACGGCACAACUUGUGGUGAUUACUUGCAGAGCUACUUGGCAGCGGGUCCUGGUGCGGUGGCCAAUCUGAUCAACCCCGAUGCUACGGCCAACUGCCAAGUUUGUGCAUUCACCAAGGGUGAAGACUACCUCCGAACCUUGAACCUGAAAGAGUACUACUACGGCUGGCGCGAUGCUGCCAUCGUGGUACUGAUGGUGUUUAGCUCGUACUCUUUGGUGUACCUGCUGAUGAAACUCCGAACAAAGAUGUCAAAGAAGGCCGAGUAG